AAAAUGAGGUCAUAAAUUUCCAAAGCAUCCUUUAUGGCUGCUUUCAGAUAUGUUGUCCUAUAUCUAUCAUCUAUUUUAACUACUACAUCUUCUAUUUGGAAUUCCUAACCCUUCAACAUAGUUUCAUCAAUUCAAAUGGCUACACACUUAGCCGAACCCCAAAAAAGACUAGGAGAAUUUCUAAAUGAGAAACAAGAACCUUUCAUGCUAGAGCUAUAUCUUCUAGAAAGAGGGUACUCAAAAAGUUUGAGCUUAAACAAAAAGAGAAAGAGAAAGGUUUUAUUACCAUUUUCCAAAGCUCUAAUAUUUAUAAUUAACAAGCUAGCUUUCCAAAGCCAAAGUAAUACUCUACCAACUACUAGGGACUAUGAACAAAGAAAAAAACAUGCAGGUUGCAAUGUUGAGUUUUCAUCAGCUAGUAACUCUACUAUGUCCAAUUCUUGCUCAAAUGUUGAUGAAGAAGGAACUUCCAUAUCAUCACAUAGAGAUCAUCACUUAUUUUCUUCUCAUAUUCACCAAACUUGCAAGGAAUAUACUAUGAGCAAUAGGUGGCAGAGGCAAAGAUGCAUGGAAGGCAGGUCUCAAUCACUUGCAAAGAUACCUCUAAGUAGAGCUCCUAAUGAGAACAAAGAUGUUGAGGGAAUGCAACAGAGAAUAAAGAUGCCUAAGAAAAUCACAAACGACUCGCUAUUAUCAGUAGAUGCCAUAUUAAAUUUACUUGGUGUGUCGAUAAAGAAAGAGAACUGUACUAAUGAGUUGCAUGAGUAUCUUCCCCAGCCUCAUCUUUCCCAAGUAUUAAAAUCCAAAAGGUUAUCACACAAGAUAAAGAAGCUCCUAUUUGAUUGUGUUAGAGAUAUUACCAUAACCCUUCCAACCAAAGAGGACAGAAAGCAAGUUUGCAGACAAUCCAUGGGGCCUAUAGAGCUUGAGAAGCUCACUUGUCAAGGGACAAGAGAAUGGGGACAACAUAGUGAAGAUGGUUUAAUGUCGUUAUUGGCUAUUGAUUACUUGGAUUCAAUUAUGGAAUGGAGCAAGUUUGAAUCACAAGUCAAGGACAUUAGUUUUGAGAUCACCGAUUCAAUUUUGGAUAUUAUCAACAACGAAAUUGUAUCAGAAAUUAUUGGAACUAUGGCACCUCCUUAAUUUCAACAUUAUAUGCUCUUUAGUUUUUUCCUUGCUGGAUUACAUACGUAAAUAUGUAUGCAUCUAAAAGCAGAGUUGACUUUAGCUUUCAGUCAUACAUAUCGAUUAUUUUUUUUUUUCAUGACAACAAUCAUUGUACGAGCCCUCAAAUAACAAAUCUAAUAGUUAAAAUAAAAAUAAAAAUAAGGCAGGUAAGGUAUUAGUGAGUAACAUUUUAAGAGGAUGAUUUGUUGUUAGUCACGAGAUCAAAUUCGAAUCUUAGAAUCUUAAAUAAUACUUUUUCGCUA